AAGAGCAGAUUUACUACUGGAACAACGUGAGACUGAAAAUAAUGCUUCCCUCAGAGGAGCUGUUCUGCCUUCUGAAAAGUGCUGACUUUUCAUUUAAAGCACUUACCACAACAAGUCUGAAGUUGAGAACAGCUUGAUCACUUUUACAUUACAGAUGUAAAAUAAUAUACAGAAAUAUAACAACCGGUUCAUCUUUUCCCAGAGUGAAAAUAUUUUCACUAUAAAAAUGUCAAAGCGUGGUUUCAGAAUAUCACAUGAAUGAAGCUGAUGAUGAAUAAAUUUCCACAACAUUGUUUCGUUGGGUAAAUAUGUAAGAGUGCAUAGGUAACAAACAGAAGGAAAGUCUUUUGAUUUCUCCCUGAGCCUGACUUCCUCCUACACAGCGGGUCGUCGUGCAUGUCUGGCAUAAUUAUAUCCAGACCUGAAGAGUUGUUGUUUUGUUUCCCCCCAAUCUGCCAAAAUCCAAUUCCACAAGGGAGCUUUUUUUUUUUUUUUAUAUAAAUUGGUUGUCAACUAAAUUGUGAACGGAUUGACAAUAUUUUUAUAAGUUCAAAAACUAUCCCAUGUAUUAAAUUUGGCAUUGACAAGGUGCAGAGAGGCUUAGUUAUGACACCACUUGUGAAUGUUGUCACGAUUGUAUAUUUUGGAGUCGAGCCUUGACAGCAAAAACACACCCACGUUCACUGACAUGAGACAGAUGAGCCUCCUCCUACGAGUCCCAAGUGACUCCACCACCUGGAGUUAAUAUACAUGGCAUUAAAAUACUGUUAUAUGUGCACUCUUACUGUCAGCAUACAAUAUUUUGGAUUGGAAAAAAAAGCCAUUGAUGGCUGAUGAUUGAGAGGUCAAAAGUUCAUGGCCAUGUAGUGAUAAUGAUUGAUGUAUGGACAGCACGGUGGACUAGUGAUUCGCAAGACUGCCUCACACUUUUGAGAUUCUGCAUUUGAAGAUUUCUUCCAGCCUGUACCUGCAUAGUUUUCUUCCUCUCAUAGCAUGUUAGGGAUUUUUGAAGAUUCAAAAUUGUCCAUUAAGUUAAAGCUGAAUGGUUGUCAAUAUGUGCCCUGGGGUUGCCAGGCAACCUGUUCAUGGUGGAUGGACAGAUUUAUAUGGAUUGUGUGGAUGCAAUAUAUAAACCACAGUUGUAGCGCUAAGUAAUUGCAGGGAAUGGGGCCUUCCCGAUUAUUUGUUUUUAUUAUUUGACAAUUACUCUAGGUUAUGUGUGUACAUGCAGCUGAUUAUCUAAUUUAAAAUAAAAAACACACAAUAAUUUUUGCCCCAAACGGUUUACCUUGAAGCCAAAGCACAAAAAACAACAAAGUUUUCAAAGCUUAGUGUGCAACAAAAGAUCGUAAUGACAACAUGACCCCUAAACGUGACGUCACCAAAAUCCCGCAUGCGCAGUAUAGAUCAAGUUGCUUUUGAUGAAGAGGGAAUACUCUUGCUGUACUAUCAUCUUUGUUACAUUCAACAGCUGGGUGGAACUCCGGACAAAACUUGCUUCAGUGACGUUUUGCAAAGAGAUGGAAAUCGGACUGCUUUGAAAGAAGCCUCCCGUAGUAUCAAGAUUCACUUAUCACAAUUGUCAUGGAUUUUAAUGUUAAACGUCUCGCUGCAGAUGCGGGUACUUUUCUGAGCCGUGCUGUGCAAUUCACAGAAGAGAAGUUUGGCCAGGCUGAGAAGACAGAGUUGGAUGCCCAUUUGGAGAAUCUUUUGGUAAGAGCUGAGGCCACCAAGCAAUGGACAGAGAAGAUUAUGAAGCAGACGGAAGUCUUAUUACAGCCCAACCCAAAUGCCCGACUUGAGGAAUUUGUGUAUGAGAAAUUGGAAAAAAAGGUCCCGACACGACUGAACAAUCAUGAACUGUUGGGCCAGUCUAUGAUUGACUCCGGGAAUGAAUUUGGUCCUGGCACUGCUUAUGGAAAUGCUUUGAUCAAAUGUGGCGAGACCCAGAAACAGAUUGGCGGCGCUGAGCGAGAGUUAAUUCAAAGUUCUGCCAUCAAUUUCCUGACCCCAUUCAGGAACUUUCUCGAGGGGGACUUCAAAACAAUCCUGAAAGAACGAAAGCUGCUGCAGGUCAAGCGCUUGGAUCUGGAUGCGGCCAAAACAAGACUCAAGAAAGCCCGCAUGGCUGAUGCUCGAGCUGUGGCAGAACAGGAGUUGAGAAUGACUCAGAGUGAAUUUGACCGUCAGGCUGAGAUCACCCGACUGCUGCUAGAAGGCGUCAGCAGCACCCAUGCACACCAUCUACGCUGCUUGAAUGAUCUGGUGGAGGCUCAGACGAUAUACUACGCGCAAUGUUACCAGUAUAUGGUGGAUCUGCAAAAGCAGCUGGGAAGUUUCCCGUCAACCUUCUCCAAUAACAACCAGUCGUCAGUUACGGAAGGGGCCAGCAUCUCUGUGCCCACCAUACCGGUGUCGGCCUCCCUGCCCACCUCUUCCAGCCGCGGCGGCUCUACCGCCUCGGGCGGAUUCAGCGAAUUGCGCAGCUCCAGCGGCAGCCGCAAGGCCAGAGUCCUUUACGACUACGACGCGGCCAGCAGCAGUGAGCUUUCCUUGCUGGCUGAUGAGGUUAUCACAGUCAGCAGCGUGCCAGGCAUGGAUUCAGACUGGCUGAUGGGAGAGCGAGGCAGCCAGAAGGGCAAAGUGCCAAUUACCUACCUGGAGCUACUUAACUGAGUCUUCGGAUAUGAGCUUAUGCUGCCAUGUCAAGUUACUUCCACAGUAUAUAUAUUAAAGGAAAAAGAAUAAAAGUCCGGCACUCUUAGUCAGGAUACUUGAACUCAAAAAGCUGGAGUAAAAUGCAUGCAAGUGAAAGGAGGGGGGGAACGGAGAAGAUGUUUUAGUAUCCAACUGCCUUACAUUUCAAAAAAAAGUUGCCUUUUUUCCAUGCCUUUGUUUUUUUAUGUUAUCCAAACAGCAGUAUGUUCCAGAACAUCUCCCAAAGUGUUUUUGUUUUGUUUACAUAAUAUGAAUAUCUCAGAAAUGUGUACACAUCUCAGAUUGUUGCCGCUAAGUACAUAUUUUGGAAUCUACUUCAGUCACAAAUGCUGGGCGAUGCUAGUUCAAGUCGUUAUCUCACGGUGGCAUUACGGAUAACUUAAAUCUGAAUAGGUUUAAUCAUAAUGAAUGUUGUACAUGUGUAUGAUGUGGUAGUGGGAAAGUUUAACAUCAUUUGUGAGCAAUUUUAAGUGCCAGAUGAAAUUCGUAGCAACUAAAUCCCCAAAUUUAUUUAAAACAAAUUAUAAAAACUUUUAUUACGCCAUCUAUUUUGUCUUGCAUUAAUUGCAACACUGUUGAGAUGGACAAGUUGUUCAAAUGUUUUUUUUCUUACAUAUUUAUUGCGAAUUGGAAAACCUAAUUGUCACAUCUCUGUAGGAAAUGGUCAACCCAAGGCUACUUUAUUAGUUUUAAAUUAUUGCUACAUGCAUUGUUGGCAAAUGAUUCGAUUUUUUUCAUAUGACGCGCUGAAUAAUAUAUCUUUGAUAUCAUCUGAUCUGAUGUGUGGCACGGCUAACACAUCAGGAUCCUACCCCAACCCGAAUUGCAUCUCAGUAUCAAAUGGUGCCUUAAUUACUGUGUGAAAUCCAUGCUAUUUGCUUGAUAACAAUUGGAAAGUGGAAACAUUAAUAAAAGAUAAAAUACAAA